AUGUAUUUUCUCCUGUUAAUCAACGGCGGCGGUGGCGGCGCCAUGAACAGCGGACUCCCAGCUUCAGCUGCUCCGCUCGGGGGUGCUGGGAUACCCAAUGUCAAGGUGAAGUUUUGCCGUUACUACGCGAAAGACAAAACGUGCUUCUAUGGAGACGAGUGCCAGUUCCUGCAUGAGGAUCCGUCCAUGGCUAGCCUGAGCCCCGUCCCGUUGUCUCUAUCCGGGGGCGGCGGGACUCCAGGAGGGUAUUCCCUCGGCGGUUCCGCGGCCUCCUGCCCCGGCGGCGGCGGCGGCGGAGGAGGAGGAGGAACCGGUGUGCCCAAGAAGAAUGAAGCCAUGGGACCCGCGGGGAACUCUUUGGACGGGUCGUUGCUUGCCAUUCCAGGGAUGGAGGGAGCGAGUCUGAGUGACGCUAACCUCACCAAUUCCUACUUUAGCAGCAGUUUUAUUGGAGUGAAUGGAUUUGGAAGUCCAGCAGAAUCGAAAUACUCCAUGAUGCAGCGAAUUACUACCAGCAGCAGCUCUCCUAGUCUGCUCAACGAUGGUGCCAAGAAUUUCAGCCACAGCUCUCAUGACCCUGUCAACUCUCCCACUUCAUCACUGUUCAGCGAUUUUGGUGCUCUCGGCAUUUCUCAACGGAGGAAGGCGCCCAAUCCGACAGCAAGUGAGUUUAUCCCUAAGGGAGCUCCACGAAUGGCCACCAUGGCUCCAUCAUCUGUCCAGGCCUUCCCUUCACCUAUCUUUGCCCACCCGGGCAUCAGCAGCUCCACCGCGGCAUCUCUGGUUCCAGGCAUGUCCUUAUCGGCGGGAUCGUCCCCCCUUCACUCGCCAAAAAUUACACCGCACACCUCGCCCGCCCCGCGCCGCCGCAGCCACACGCCCAACCCGGUCAACUACAUGGUGCCCACCACGGCAGCUGACCAGAGCGCUCACAUCAUCCAGAAGGAGACUGUCGGGGGGACCACUUACUUCUUCACGGACAACACACCUGCGCCAAUGGCUGGCAUGGUGUUUCCUACCUACCAUAUCUAUCCCCCCACUGCACCCCACGUGGCCUACAUGCAGCCCAAAGCCAAUGCGCCGUCUUUCUUUAUGGCUGAUGAACUCCGACAGGAGUUAAUAAACAGGCACCUGAUAACCAUGGCUCAGAUCGACCAUUCGGAAAACUCAGACGUUCCAUCUGAAGUGGACAGCUACCACACCCUGUUUCCACUGGAGGCGCUGCCUCCACCUAACCGUAUGCAGAAGACCAGCAACUUCAGUUACAUCACGUCCUGCUACAAGGCAGUCAACAGCAAAGACGAUCUGCCAUACUGCCUAAGGAGGAUACACGGCUUCCGCCUCGUAAACACCAAAUGCAUGAUGCUGGUGGACAUGUGGAAGAAGAUCCAGCACUCCAACUCGGUCACCCUGAGGGAGGUCUUCACCACAAAGGCCUUUGGAGACCACUCGUUGGUGUUCUCCUAUGACUUCCACGCGGGUGCAGAAACCAUGUUCAGCAGACAUUUUAACGACCCAGCAGCCGACUCGUAUUUCACCAAGAGAAAGUGGGGACAACACGAACCUCCCCCGCCACGACAGCACGCUGGCCUGCUGCCCGAGUCCCUCAUCUGGGCCUACAUCGUCCAGCUCAGCUCGGCCCUGCGUACCAUCCACACUGCAGGGUUGGCGUGCCGGGUUAUGGACCCCAGCAAGAUCCUCAUCACGGGCAAGACUCGGUUACGUGUGAACUGUGUCGGCGUGUUUGACGUCUUAACGUUUGACAACAGCCAAACAAACCACAUGGCCCUAAUGCCGCAAUACCAGCAAGCUGACCUGGUGUCGCUGGGAAAAGUCGUGCUGGCGCUAGCCUGUAACUCGCUAGCCGGCAUUCAGAGGGAGAACCUGCAGAAGGCCAUGGAGCUGGUGUCUAUCAACUAUUCAUCAGACCUCAAAAAUCUUAUACUAUACCUGCUGACUGAACAGUCCCGCCUGCGCAGCGUCAAUGACAUCAUGCCGAUGAUAGGAGCCCGAUUUUACACGCAACUAGACGCGUCGCAGAUGAGGAACGAUGUCAUCGAGGAGGACCUGGCCAAGGAGGUGCAAAAUGGCCGCCUCUUCCGCCUGUUAGCCAAAUUGGGCACCAUCAACGAGAGGCCCGAGUUCCAGAAGGACCCCACGUGGUCGGAGACGGGUGACCGAUACCUACUCAAGCUUUUCCGGGACCACCUCUUCCACCAGGUGACCGAAUCCGGGACGCCGUGGAUCGACCUCAGCCACAUCGUCUCUUGUCUCAACAAACUGGACGCGGGCGGUCCGGAAAAGAUUAGCCUGGUGUCACGGGACGAAAAGAGCGUACUGGUGGUGACCUACUCGGACCUGAAGCGCUGCUUCGACAGCACCUUCCAGGAGCUGCAGGCGGCCGCCUCCGGUAACCUGUAG